AUGGCUGCGCUCCUGUCCUCGAAGGCCGUUCGAAACGAGUUGUCCUACAGGGCGCAGAAUCUUCAUGGGAAGCUGCCUCUGGGAAUCCCAUCCGGACAAUACUUAGGCUUCCUUGCCUACUUCAACAGAGUGUCCAACUGUGGCGUUGUUGGUAGAAACGAACUGAGGGCGAUCCUGGAGCGUGCAGGCCGGGAUCCGACCGAAGGCGAGAUUCAGAGAAUCCUUGACAGUGUCAGCGUUGACCCUCGAGGAAUCAACUUCCAGGCUUUCAUAGAUUACGUACGCACUUUCCAGCAGUUGCGUAACGUGGAUUCUGAGUACAGGGAGGCCUUCCGUAUCUAUGAUCGCACUGGAUCUGGAAAACUCACACAGGAGGACGUCGCUUACGUCUUUGAGAAGCUGCGUGUCAACGUUGACGUUCCCGCCCUCUUCAAGGUGGCUGACGCUGACAACAAUGGAACGAUUGAGUACAACGGAUACUUAGCCUACUUUAACCGUUACUCAGUGGACGGUUACAUAGGACCGAAUGAGUUAACGGCAAUUCUCGAGCGAGCUGGGCGAGAUCCAAGCGACCAAGAGGUCAGGGACAUAAUAAGCCAUGUUAGUACAGACGACUCCGAGUUCCGAGAAGCAUUCCGCCUGUACGAUCGCCGUGGACUGGGGCGCCUGUACAAGGAAGAUCUGGAGUACGUGUUCCAGAAGCUACGUGUAUCGAUUGAUGUGGAUGCGCUGUUCAAAGCCGUCGACCUGGACAGCUCCGGCACCAUAGAGUACAAUGAAUUUGUGGAAGCCAUGAAGAAAGCUGUUUGGAUUGGUCUCUAA